AUGGUUGGGAGCUUGAGCCAAGCUGAACUGAUGGAGGGGGAGAUAGAAGAGAGUGGCUUAACUUUCAAUGAAGAGAUAGCACUGAAUCAGAUUUUAGGGGAUUUGGUAUAUAGAAAAACGUGGGAGGAACACACACGUCAUCUCACACAAGUCCUGGAAGUGCUAGCUAAGCAGAAGCUCUUUGCCAACAAGAAGACAUGGGAAUUUGGCAAGAAGCAGAGGAGAUAUUUGAGGCACAAAAUAUCUGAAGGAGGUGUGGAGAUGGAUAGAGAAAAAAUCACAACUGUACUGGAAUGGCCUAAACCCAGAAACAUCAAGGAGCUACAUGGGUUCCUUGUGUUCACAAGUUAUUAUAGAAGGUUUAUUAGGGACUAUAGGAGGAUGGCUAGGCCCCUUACUAAUUUGUUGAAAAAGGGAAUGUUCAAGUGGCCCCUACUAAGAGCGAAAGCUAUGCAGAAACUCAAGGAAGUUGUUACUCCAGCCCCUGUACUAGCUCUACCCGAUUUUGGCCAAACCUUCUAG